ACUUUUGUUUAUUAGCUCCAGGAGAGUUGGGAUUAAUUUAAGUCUUGGGUAGUUUUAUUUAUAAGUGGUCUCCACAGGGAGAAAUAAGAAAUCAUGAGCAAAAAAGGGGAUCAGAUUUAUUUAGAAAACAAAUGUGUUCACUCUUUGGACUAUUUAUUGUGACCAACAAAUUGUGUCCAUUAGUGUUGUGACACAAUACAGCUAAACCAAAGAAUCCAAACUCCCGCAUCUCUUCUUUCUGCUUUAUGUUGUUUCCAAUCCUUUGCUUUUCAAAUACGUCCACGCAAAUUCCUCUCUUUAGUCAGAUUUAAGCUACAUCAGUUUCUCUGUGACAGUUCUCCAAUCCCUAUGGAUAAUGCCAGCUGUACCGUAGUGCCAGCUGUUGUCCGCCUCAUAUGGAGGAGACCUGCUUGGGGAAGGCUAAGCUGAGGGUUCUCGUGACCAUUUUCUCUUUCUGUCCCUUUUGGAAUGUUUCCCCUCAAUCGUAAGAUGAAAGCAGGUGCUGUAAGUUAAUUCAUAUACACCAGUAUUAUUUAUUUCCCUAACAUGGGUGGGACUUACUGUGGAAAAGUUUGAGAACCCCUGGUCUGCUGUGUCCCUCUGCUUGCCUGACUGCUUUGGAAGAUGAAUAUGGUGGUGGAUAUUGUAAACCAGAAAAUGCCGUCUGAAACAGAUGUUCAUGUGGCUAGGAGCUAUCUUAUGAAGAUCUUGAGAAGUUCCAUGAGAAAGAACGACUUAGCCUGCCGCCCUCACUCCUGGCAUGCAACCAAAUUCACAGAGACUCAGCCUGAGGCGGCCACGUCACGGCCUCCCGCGACCAAUGUCUGUGCUUCUUGGCACUCUCGGUAUCAUGCAAGUUCCUCUUCCCAUGACCUUUCAAGCUCAUGGGAUCAGUCAAAUCUACACCGUAUCUCCGACCAGUUCAGUUCUGCUGGAAGCAUGGAUAGCUGGGACCACGCACCUCAAACAUACCAGUAUGAGCAGAUCUCAUCUGCAAAGUCCAACAGUAGCAUUGACCACCUAGGGAAUGCUAGCAAAAGGGAUUCUGCCUAUAGCUCUUUUUCUGCCAGCUCUAGUACUCCAGACCAUACCCUGUCCAAUGUAGAUACUGCCUCAACAGAGAAUGUGGUGUAUAAAGUGGGUCAAUGGGAUCCCUCCAAACAAGGGGGUAUGAAGGCUGCCUUAUUACUUAGUGACAGUGGAAGAUUAGAUGAGAAACCAAGCUGUUUGCCACUUCCAUUACAGUAUGAAAACAAUAGAAGCCCCCGACUAGAUGAGAACACUGAUUCAACAUGUUCUGGGUCUGGAAGAUCAAACUUUAUACCAGUUUGGUAUGUACCAGAGAAGAAAAAGUCUCCUUCUCCUCCGCCUCCCCCACCUCCUCUCCGUAGUGAUAGCUUUGCUGCCACCAAAGGUCAUGAGAGAGCUCAUACUCCUCUUUAUGCAGAGAGUAUUCAGAGCACCCAGCACUUUGAAGUCCUGCACAGACCUCAGGCCAGAAACAACUGGGGUGCGGAAACUGCAGAGCAACAAAAGUUAGCUGCUAAGACCAUUGAGAAGGCCUCAGAUGUGAGGCAGGGUGGUAAUCCAGCCUAUCGAUGUGAUUUCGGUCCAGUUUACAGUUUGUUGCCUUCCGAUGACAGAAUCAACAAUAAUAUGGGAAAUGUCCACAGGCUACAUUCGUCUCUGUCCAGUACUGACGUUCGUUUUGCACAGUCUGCUUAUGGACAACCUCGCCAUCACCAUCAGCGGCAAUAUAGUGAUGAAAGCACUUUCUUUUACAAUGCAAAAGUUUCUGCAUUGCCUAAAGAGCAGCGACACACCUCCACUUAUACUGGUAUUCCGGAAAGGCCUACUGACAAAUACAGUUGUCAGCCACACCAAACCAGGAUGUUUGAUAGUAAUGCCACUGUUCCUUCUGACAUGAGUUCUGAGGAAAAAGUGGAUAAUUCUGGGCUAAAUCACUAUUACUGUGUGACAGUGAAACAGCCUCCUCCAGAAAGAAACUCCAAGCCGCAGAAAGAUGAGUGCUGGAAUCCUGGAAUAGGUAACAUCUAUGGACAACAUGAACAUCCUUCUGUAGUAAGAAUGAGCCAAAGUCCCAAAUGCUAUCUACCUCAGCAAGCUGUUGAAUCUUCUCCAGGUGUAUCUGAAAAGAGAGUUCAUUAUGUAGUGAAUAAAGGAGAAGAUAGAACUGUUGCCAUAGAAGAUUCCAGAAAGAUAAGUUACCCUGAAAAAACAGUGCAGAGUAGAAGCUUUGAGGAGAAUCACAGGAGUUACCAUGACCAAGAAUAUGGGCAGGAGUGUGUCCCAGUAUCUGACUGUAAGGCUGCCUCAAGUGAUUUCAAAUGGAGUCAAGAAGAGAGCUUCAAAAUUUCACCCCAGAAGACCCCAAUGUUGCACUCUUUAGCUCAGGAAGGGAAAAGCCAGGCUGACAUUGCCAUUGAAGCGGGAAUGAAUAAGCAGCCUGGAUUCGAUGCUCACCUAAACAAAACCGCACGAAGGAGUGAUCGUUUUGCAACUACAUUGAGAAAUGAGAUCCAGAUGAAAAGAGCAAAGAUGCAGAAAAGCAGAAGCACUGCUGCCUUAGCAGGGCCAACUGAGACAGAAGAGUAUGUUGAGAACUGGAAGCCUGAUUCUGCAGAAAAGAUAAACUGUUCAUCAGAAAAUUCUUUCACUAACGUGUACAAGGAUAAUCUGAAAGAAGCCCAGGCCAGAGUUUUGAAAGCUACCUCUUUCCAGCGCCGGGACUUGGAAGCCAGUUCUGCAGAUUACCUUCCAGACCGGAAGACCAAUAACUGCAACUCUUCCCCAUUGGCUUUUGUUUCUGAGGAUGAGUCAGGGUCCCUUGAAGCUAGAAAGUCUUCUAAACAUACUCCAUCUGGUAGUAAUGUUCACCAUAUACCUCGUAUUGGAGCUAGAAAGAGGUUCACAGCAGAACAAAAACUGAAAUCUUAUUCUGAGCCCGAGAAGAUAAAUGAACUGGGUGUGUCAGUAGAUGACUACCAUUCACGCCGUCGCCCAACGACUUCUGAGGAAGCCUUGGGUUCUUUUGCAGAUAGGUGGAAGUUCUUUGAAGAAACUAGUAAGCCUGCCUACCAAAAGUCUUCCCAGAGACACACACCAUAUGGCCGUCCAGAAGCACAACCUCCAAAUUCAUAUAGAAAUUCUCAAGAAGGUGAGGCUGAGGGUUCCUGGCAUGAGAGGAGGAUGCGAUCAGCUUCUUUUGGUGUUGAGAACAUGCUUGGUGUGUAUGAUAGGCCCAGAGAAAAUGUCCAUUAUAAUAGCCACCAAGGAAAAUCUGGACAGCCUCAGAGAUUAGAAACUUUUGCAGAAUAUCAGGCAUCUUGGAAAGAGCAAAGGAAGCCUUUAGAAACUCGCAGUUCUGGGAGAUACCAUUCAGCUGACAAUAUACUUGAUGCUGGCCAUGAACAGGUUGAGAAAUCUCAGUAUACACAUGAACGGUCAAGAUCAUCUCCUUCUACUGAUUUCUACAAAAAAGAAGAGUCAGCUGAACCAAGGAGACAAACAGAAAAUUCAAAGAAGGAUGAAGUAUGUAUGUCUCCAGUACCAAGGUCUGAUGAAAGCAAUUGUUUGAGCUUUUUUUCUAAGCUCACAGUCUCUCUCCAGCCUCCUCUAAUCAGGGAGCAAGCCUGUCUUCUUUCUGGGUCUCAGAGGCCAGGUGAUGCAGCGUACCCAGAAGGGCAUCCUGGAGAAAGAAGAGUUCAGCAGGAUUACAGUGUAGGAAACAAAUGGAAGGCAUCUGGUAGGCCCUCACAUACAGGACAGGCCACAGCUGCAGCUCACGGGAGCCGAAGUAGAUCAGGGACAUUGCCCAGCGAUUACAGAUAUUUGCAGGAAAAUGUGAGUGAAAAAAGCAAAGAUUAUAAUGUGUUGCCACUUGGCAUUUCUGAGCUGCAAAUAUCAGAUGAGAACUACCUCUCCCAUCCACAAGGCAAAAGAGGGGAAGGUCUGCAGGGAGAUCCAGCAUUGCUGAACACAAAACAUGGGCCGGUGCAUCACAGGCCUCCGCCUUCCAAACGAGAUAGUAACUCCAGGCGACAGGACAAUUCUUCAGCAUCACUUGCUGCUUCCUCGGAGUCUUCACUGACUGUGCCCAACAGGUCUGUUCAGUCCCUCUCUUCUCCUGCUGCCAACGUGGUUGCAGUGAGCUCACCUGCUUCUCAGACUCCGGGAAAGAUUGUUGGAAAAUAUACCUGCACUGAGCUGCCAGAUCCUCCCCAACCAGCAGCAUCCAUAGAGAAUGCUUGUCAGCACUUAGAAAAAAAACCACAUCUCAGAUCUGAACCUGUGCUUGCUUCAACGUAUCGCAACCAUCUAAAACCUGAUAUGGAGGCAUCAAGGUCCCCUUCACCACAGUUUGCCCCCCAGAAGCUUACAGACAAACCUCCUGUGGCUGUUCAGGAUGACAAUCCAGCAAGAAUUGAACGAGUUAUGGAUAACAACACAACAGUAAAAAUGGUCCCGAUCAAGAUUGUGCAUUCCGAGAGCCAUGCAGAGAAGGAAAGCCGACAGAACCUUGUGAGUACCAUAGAGCCUCCUGCUUUACCCAGUGGCUUGGAGAAAGACCAGAUCAAAACACUCAGCACUUCUGAACAGUCCUACUCACGCUUCUGUGCUUACACAAGGCAAGGGGUAGAGCCGGAGCCUGAGAGCAAAACCAAACUGCCUUAUUUGCAGACUGCGGAAGCACUUGGGCCCCCCACAAAGGACACUGAUAUUUCUGGCCACACCGCCAGCUAUGUCAGAGCCAAAGAGAAGACAAUCGAAGACUGGAAGUCAGAAGAAUUAGCCAGAGAGAUAGUGGGCAAGGAUAAAUCACUAGCAGAUAUCUUAGACCCAAAUAUGAAAAUAAAAACCACAAUGGACCUGAUGGUGGGAAUCUUCCCAAAAGAUGAACAUCUCUUGGAAGAAGCUCAACAACGCCGGAAGCUCCUUUUAAAAGUUCCUUCACCCAGAACGUCAGAAGACAAGAAAGAAGAACCGUCUCUGCCUCUGGGCAUCCCCUUGACAACCAACUCCACCUACUACAGCACCUCUGCCCCCAAGGCAGAACUCUUGAUUAAAAUGAAGGAUAUGCAGCAGCAGCAGCAGCAAAAAGAGGAGGAUUCUGAGGAUGAGCUGGACCAUGAUUUGUCUGAGAAGAAGCAAGAGCUUAUAGAUAGCAUAAGCCGAAAGCUGCAGGUUCUGCGAGAAGCACGGGAAACUCUCCUGGAAGACAUUCAGGCCAACAACCUACUUGGAGAUGAAGUGGAGUCCCUUGUAAAAGAGGUCUGCAAAUCCAAUGAGUUUGACAAGUUUCGGAUGUUCAUUGGAGAUCUAGACAAAGUAGUCAACCUCUUGCUGUCUCUCUCUGGUCGAUUAGCCCGGGUAGAAAAUGCAAUAAACAACUUGGAUGAAAAUGCCUCUGCAGAAGAGCGGCGGGUCCUGGAAGAAAAGCAGAAACUGCUGACGCAACAGCAUGAAGAUGCCAAGGAGUUGAAGGAAAAUCUGGAUCGAAGGGAGCGCAUUGUAUUUGACAUUUUGGCCAACUACCUGAAUGAUGAGAGCCUUGCGGAUUAUGAACACUUUGUCAAGAUGAAAUCAGCGCUCAUAAUUGAGCAGCGGGAGCUGGAGGACAAAAUCAAACUUGGGGAGGAGCAGCUCAAGUGUCUGACUGACAGUCUGCAGCCUGAAAGACCCAAAUGACACUCUCAAAAGGAAUAGCAUGCCUUGGGCAGUGUUGAUGCAUAUGCAACUUCUUUGAUUGCUAGGAGGAGCCUAACUAAAGAAAGAACAUCAUAAAAGCAAGAAUGCUAGCCUUUGUUUCUAUGUGGGUUGAUUUGCAUUUCUAGAGACUCCUUUGGAUUUCCUUUUAUCAUACAGACCAUAGAUUCUGUGCUUCAGUUCAUCAUAUCAAGGAAAAUGGGGCAAUUUCGCAUGAGUACCCUG